AUGCCGACCGAUCUCAAUCAUGCGCUUACGCUAAUUUAUAUAUUUCUCUUUGUCACUUUUGGAGUUGCCGUACUCUCGAUGUGCGCGGAGUUGGCCGCUCUGGAGUUGAAGGACCUAUUCCUAAAGAUCCACUACUUUGGGCGUCGAAUCAUCAAGCGUAAAAAGCGUCCCGAGCAGAUAGAGGUCGAGGUGAAGGAACUGCUGAAGAUUAUCGUCGAGAUACGCCAGAAAUACCCGGAGAAGCAGCAUAUUACGACGCUGGAUAUAUUGCAGUAUAUGAACGAGCGGUCGCUGAACACCUCGACCCCGUUGGUGGACCGCCGGGAUACCAUCGCUUUUAUGCCACAGACCGUCGAGACCCUAAAAUUUGCCGACGAGGGCGACCAAGAAGAACGAUCCCUCAGCCGAGUCGAAGAGCUGCCGUUGCUGGAUAAGAGCGUUGAAGUGUGGGCGGUGUUCAGCGAGAGCGAGCUGGAGGAGAGGCUACGACAGCAUCCGGUGCAGCAUCAGAAGCGGAUUUUGGGGCGGUUGCAACGGCAGAAAAGG